AUGGCAGGACCCGGUAUAGAGUCCGAGACUCAAUGGCCCCCGCGAUCUCCACACGACGUUCUCCUUAGCACACCCAAGGGACGCGAAAAGCUACGUCGCAUGGCCGAGCGAUCGUCACCGUCACCGUCUCCGAGUAAGGCACAUCGACGGACACCCGCGCUGUCUACUCGGACUGGAAACUCUUUUCGCGGCGGUACACAAGACGCUGGAAUGGAUAUGGAUGAGAAUGAAGACGACGACGAAGAUGAGGACGAGGAGAUGCUGCAAUUGAAACUCCAAGCAAUUCAAGCGAGACUCAAGCUAAAGAAAUUGCAAAGCGCCAAGGCAAAAAAGGCCCUUGGAGGUAGUACUACGACACGGCCUGAAUCUAUAUCUAUACCAGAUGUUCCAAUUGCUAGCAGGGCCCGCUCUCGAGCAGACUCGUUACGUUCUGGUCCAACAACACGACCACAGUCGCAAAUGGAAGUUCAAGUUCCAGCAUCUCCGGUGAGGAGAGCGCAAACGGCGCAAGGCGACGGCUCCCCUAGUAGAGUACGUCUUGGCAUAGACAAGGGAAUCAAGGCGAAAGACAUAUCGCUAAAAAGAGCCCCAAGCUUUAAGAGGACUACUGAGAGCCAAAAUGGGGCCCAAGGAGGUUAUCUCCGAAGAGCGCACACGCCCGCUCCCGGUGGUGCUGAACAACAGACAAAACAGGAACGGCCGAUGACUUUUAGUGAGAGACUAGCCGCGGCUAGGUCAGAGGAGUCAACUCGGAUAGAGAGGCAGGAAAGGGUGAGGCAGGCAAGGAGUAACGCCUUUGAGCUCGGCAGACAGGAAAUGGAGCAGUUAAAAAGCACAGCGAAGGAUAUACCCGACAUCCCGUUACAGCCCGAACAGUAUAGCCGUGAACAAGUCAUAGCUACUAGUCGGAUUAAACGUAGUGAUACCGUCUCCAGCCUAAGACGGCCUACGCUGGAUGAGAAUCGCCCUGGGACCAGCUCAGGGGGGACAGUGGAACCUCAAGCACCUCCUGAAGAAGUGCCGGAGGAGGAAGCCUCUGCAUUUGAACCGUACUCAAGUGUCCACCUCUCGAAGCGAGUGAUACCGCAUACGACUCUUACCCGGAACCUAUCGGGCAAGAAGACAUAUGUGAUAAAAGACCUAUUAAAACACGUCAAGGCGCCAGAAUUUCAGCUUCCAGAGAUCGAGCAGGAUAUAGUAGUCUUCGGUAUCCUAGCUUCAAAGUCCGACCCUCGUUCGCAUAAGACCUCAAACAACAACUUAAAAGAAAAAGUAGAGUCUGAUCCAGCCAGAGGAAAGUACAUGGUCCUACAGCUUGUGGAUUUACAAUGGGAAGUCGAGCUCUUUCUUUUCAAUUCUGGCUUUGAUCGAUAUUGGAAAUUAGUUCCGGGUACACUUCUAGCCAUCUUGAAUCCAAAUAUCAUGCCGCCGCCACCAGGCCGCACCGACACAGGGCGCUUCAGUCUAGUGAUCAACAGUGGCGAGGAUACCAUUCUAGAGAUAGGUACAGCGCGAGACCUUGGGUUCUGUAAGAGCAUAAAAAAGGAUGGGGAACACUGUAAUAGUUGGGUUAAUCGCAAGCGCACCGAAUUCUGCGAGUUCCACAUGAACAUGGGGCUGGCCAAGCACCGACAGGCUCGACAAGACGUGAAUGCGUUCAACACCGGACUCGGCCCAAGGAAAGACGACGGAGAGGGUAGGAGAUACAAGAAAUCGUACCGCCUUAACGACUGGGAGCACGCCAACGACCCCAAGAAGAAGAGCAGGGGCAACUUCGACAGAAGCACGCAAAGCCAGUGGUUCAUCUCCAAGCCGAGCGCCGCCAGUAUGCUCGACAACGAGAUACUAGGCGGACAUAUCGCUGAUCGCACCGAGCGCAGCGAAGCCCUAAAGAGACGCCUCGUAACCCAGGAAAAGGAGCGUGAUAUCAUGAAACAGCUAGGCAAGGUCGGGUCUGGUGCCGGCAAAGAAUACAUGAAAAGGGGUGUUGGUGGUAGUAGCACUCAACGCUCGGCUUCGGGCUCUAGCUUACUAUUCGCAACCUCGUCGACACAAGCCGGCGGAGACGAGCCCAGGCAAGAUCUCGACGCAAGAUCCCUCGGGCUAGUCCGUGCGAAGGGCCAGGAACCCAAGAUGCACCUCAGUCCUAUAAAGCGUAAGCGCAGCGAGGGCGUGCGACCAUCCUCCAGCUCUGCGGCACUCGCUAGUAGCAAACCUGCGCUCGGUUGGGGCGGUAACCUGAAGGAGAAACUAACUCGCAUGAGAGACGGCGAGAAGUUGCGGCCUGCGAUAAACCUGAAUUCCAGUAGCGACGGGAUUGGAAAUACGGACAAUGACGGCAGUAGCGUUAGUGUCGGCGCUGUUAGCUCUGCCUCUAGAUCUCCGGCUCGCAAAAAGACGCGCUUCGUCACGGAAAAGGGCAUUCGCGAGGCCGGGCGCGAAAGUCUCGGCGCGGAGCUAACCCCAGGCGCGGGGGUCGAAGACGUGUUUAAUACCCGUGCUGCUACUCCCGGCAUCGAUAGGGGUAGGGAUAUCAGUAGUAGGAGUAGCAGAGCGAGGCCAAGACAGAUGGUCGUUCUAGACGAGGACGACGACGACGAGUUGGAAAUUCUCCGGUAG